UGAGGGGACGUUAACGAUAUCCCGCAGUACGUAGUCUUGUUUUGUACCGGUCAGCCGCGUUUAGUUUUGUUUUUGUUUUUUUUUCGUACGCCUCGACAAUCUCACGUAUUUUGCUACUGUAUUUUUAACCGCGCAAAGCGGGUAGUAUUGAUAUAUUUGUAGAGCCAAAAAGUCGGGGGGGGGAGGAGGGGGGUUUGGCAUGAGUUUUGACGCUCACUUCCCAACAUCCAUGUUGGCUCUCUCCGGUCCGUCGCUUUCUGCCGCUACGGCAACGCCAGCGCGUCUCCUCGCACCCGGUUAUGUAGUCGACCUGUGAUGGCGUGGCGGUGCCAACAACAAACAAAGAAGAAGAAGAAGAAGACGACCGGUUUCCGUCUUUGUGCGCGGGGCAAGACAACGCUUUCCUCGGGGAGGUCCCUCCGCGCGCUCAAGUCGGCGGGGUAACUUUGUCUAAAGUGCAGCGUCAUCACAGACCAACGCCGGCAGCUUAUCGAGGGAACCAGGAAGAGGCUGAGGACAAGUAGUGCGCGGAAACAACUUCUGACACCUCUCCAUCCGGUUCCGAGCAUCGGUGUCAGCCGUUGCCCCCCGAACCCCCCCCCCACCCACCGAUCGUCUGAACAAUGGAAGAUGAGGUGUUUGACCAGAUCGUGUACGUGUUUAACCAGCUGGUGUCGUGGAUCGCUACCGGCGCAAUGGUAUUCGGCGGGGUGGUGCCCUACGUCCCCCAGUACAGGGACAUACGUCGGACGCAGAACGCGGAGGGAUUCUCCACAUACGUGUGCCUCGUCCUCCUGGUGGCCAACAUCCUGCGCAUCCUCUUCAGAUUCGGGCGCUACUUCGAGACGCCGCUGCUGUGGCAGAGCAUCAUCAUGAUUGUUACGAUGCUGAUCAUGCUGAACCUCUGCACCAGCGUCCGCAUGGCCACGGAGCUCAACACCAAGCGCCGCUCCUUCACAGACGGUAAGGACGAGGAGAUCAAAAUCGCUAAGAGGCUCUUUCUGGACUUUGACUUGAACUACUUCUGGUCAUGGAGUCACUUCGUGGACUACCUGCAGUGUGUGCUGACCUUCACGCUGCUAGCAGCCUACAUCACCUACCUCCUCCUGGACUCGGCGUUGUUCGUAGAGACCCUGGGCUUCCUGGCUGUGUUCACGGAGGCCAUGCUGGGCACGCCACAGCUGUACUGCAAUUACCAGAACAAGUCUACCGAGGGCAUGAGCAUCAAGAUGGUGCUGAUGUGGACGAGCGGGGACACCUUCAAGACGGGCUACUUCCUGCUCACCCAGGCCCCCGUGCAGUUCUGGACAUGCGGCCUGCUGCAGGUGGGCGUGGAUUUCGCCAUCCUGUUCCAGGUGUACUACUACAGCCGCUAUCCACAGAAGCCGGUUUCUCACAUGGUGUCGCACACCACCAGUGCCAAGGCCCUCUGAGCGCGCCUUCGGAGGUUCCACGGCGAUGAGCGACGGUCCGAUUGCGCAUCGAGGCCCGUGGACAUGCGCGCAUGCCAAUGUGGAGGUGCCUGUGGAGGAUGCAGUCCGGGAAUUUGGGUGUGUAGGCGCAAAACACCAGCGCCGAGGCCCCUUUGGAGAGGAUCCAAUUUGAUCGGUCUCCCAAAAUUGACACGCAUACCUACGCCAAACGUAUACACACUCGUACUUGAGGCAUGAACGUACACCUACACACUCACUUAUGUUAGUAUCUCAAGCACUACCAACAGAAAUAGGCUGAAGGACACUCGUUACACUGAGAAAAAUAGAAGCUGUCUUUUAUUUGUUAUGUUACUGACUGACUCGCAUGUGACACUACGCUUGCGUGUCAGUACAUAGACCGCCAGAAGGAGAUAGCCUUGAAUACACCUGUGCAUGCUCACAGAAGAUCAUGCACAGGAAGUAUGCACUGGGAAUCUGUGCCGUCGCUCAAGGGAGACACGGACCAGCCUUCUUGUCCAAAUCCACCGACGAUUGUCGCAUGAAAACCCCUGCCUUAACCGACUCGGACCUGACUGGCUUGACAUUACCUGCAACAGAAAUGUAUGAACCGUUCAAAACGACUGACACGCAACCUUUUCUGAAUGUACCAAAUGGCAUUGCUAUUUUAUGUGUUGUUGUCUGUACGCAAAGAUGAUCUUGUUGGACGGGUUGGUUGUUUGUGUGUGUGGAACAACAGACAAACUGAACUGGAGGCAAUCAGAAGUGCAGCUUUACCAAAAAAAUAACUAAAACAAAACAGAAAUAGAUGAAACCCUACAGGAUUUGGGAAUGCAACGUGCGGGCUGCUGAAGAAGGCUGCCUGCACUGUCCAGUCCUUUACACAAGCGGAGAGCCUCGAGGCGGGAGAAGGAAUCCGUUCCGACCCUCCUGGCAGCUGUAGGCCCCGUAGGCCCACUGAGAAACGCCGGCGUGGACGGGUGGCACUUGACGGCGUCGCGUCUUGAGACGAGACAAUGCCGAGUUCCCGCUCGCGGGAAAAACUGGCCGCGGCACUCCAAGACGGACUGCUCCUCUUUUGUACGCUUCUCAUGCGGCGCUAAACCGGGAAGCGUAUUAUCGCCAGUUAGGCUACUCACCGACAAGUCUGAGCGUUGGACAAUAGACGGACCAGCCCUAAUUCCGCCUUCUUCUCCUCUGAGCCUCGAGCAAUAGAAAUGUCCCCCCUUUUUCCAGAUAGGAUUGGAAGGACUUUUCCAUGAAUAAUUCCCCCCCGCUGUUUAAUAUUUCAUGUCUCCUAUCAGCGGAGGAGCAGAGAGGGUGGGCGAGGAUUCAUGGUCCGCCUGCCAGAGGUUCACCGUGUCCACAGUCGUUUACUCGCCGAGCGAUAUUUAUUUUGUUAGCUCUUUUAUAGUCCCGGGACGCCCGCGUUGAUCGUACAGUGUGCGCCUGCCCUUUAUCGCACGAUUUAUCCCGAGAGGCGGGCGUGACCGUGACGAUGACGUACGACCAGCUGUGUGAGCGAGACGAGAUCCCCGAUCUGCACUCGUGCCCAGCGGGAACAAGAUGACGUCACAAAGUUGGCCUACGCCGCUCCGUUCCAUGCAGCCGAUGUUACACAGCUUUGCUUUACCCCCGCCCCCCCCCCCCGGUUCGUGCGCUUUGUUACUGGGUGUGCGACUGCCGACUAGUUUGUUCACACGCCACCUGCCAGUUUGUGUUUUUUCCCUUAUUGUGAGCAACCCUACGUUUUGUACCCAAGUAUCUUAAGGGUGUUUCUUUUUUUAUUUUUAUAUGCUGAAUUUUCUGUUGUAUUUCCUUCUACAGUAGAUCUAAGGCGGUGGUGUCCGACCCCGCUCCUGGAGAGCUGCCAUCCUGCCGGUCUUCACUCCAACCCUGAUUUAGCACCCGGUUCUGCGAAUUACCUACUUACCAACAGAGGUGCCAAAUCAGGUCCAGAAAGUAAAUGUCCAAACCGUGUAUUUGCUCCACCCAUGUUAGUAAACCAGCUGAUUUCAUUAACUAGUUUCCCCUACCUAAUUGAGGAGUGGUGUUGACUAGAAUCUGCUGGUGUAGCACAGGAGUGGAGCAAAUACACAGUUCGGACUUUUACUUUCUAGACCUGGUUUUUCCACCUCUGCUUACCAAGACCUCGAUUAAUUGAACUGGCUGUGUUAAUUAGGGUUGGAGUGAAAACCGGGAAGAGGGGUCGCUCUCCAGGAGCAGGGCUGGACACCGCUGAUCUAAGGGACCAGUAUCCACCAACACGAGCGUUGUCGUGACUUAUGGUCGAGGACUAGCCAACGGGGCAUUGUCACCCAAUAAAAACGACGUGGAAAGUC